CGUGGCGAUAAGAUCGAACGUAGGUAUAAAGUAAAUAGAAAAAUUGUGCUCACUAUCAUUUCGCUCGGUUAGGUCGUGUGUUUUCCGCGACCGUUGACAAAAAGUGACUGGUGUGAUUUUAGUGCGCGAUUUAGUGCUUUCUAGCCACGCUUUCGAAAUGGCUACGAUUCCCAUCUAUUCUCCAAAACUUCCAUUUCUGGGGCAAAUUCCCGGAGGUCUGGUGCCUGGCCGUAUGGUACGCCUCAAGGGUAUUCUGAACCAGCACGGAGAGCGUUGCCAGAUUCACAUCCAAUCGGGAGCCGCUACGAACCCGCGGGACGAUGUCACACUCCACAUCAGUAUCCGGCCAAACGAACAUGUGAUCGUGCGCAACACGCUGCAGAACCAGGUGGUGGGCCCGGAAGAGCGCUACGGGGGCUGUCCGAUCCGGUAUGGCGAAGGUUUCGACCUGCUGAUACUGGCCGAAGCGAGUCAGUACAAAAUAGCCAUCAAUGGGGCCCACUUUUGCACCUUCGGCCACCGACUGCCGUUACACAAUGCCCGGUACAUUUCGGUUAGCGGCAACUGCGUCAUUUACUCGAUCAUUUCCGAGGCGGAUGGUGCCGGCGCACUUCCCAUCAAUCCUUACCCGCCCGUUGUCAUUCCACCGGCAGCACCGUACGUUCCUGUGCCUCCGAUUGGUUUCGUACCGCAUCCGCCACCGGCACCCCUGCCUCCACCACCGCCGUACACUCCACUACCAACCUACCCGGUCGUCAGCGGUGGUGGUGGUGGCCACUAUCCAGGCCACGGAUGGAUGCCCCCGCCACCACCGCCACCGCAGCCGGGAUAUCCGCAUCCGCCGUACCCCGGAGGGCACCCGCCGGCCGUGCCUUUUUCGCCAACGGCCCCCGGCCAAUACCAGCCACCGGUUGCUGCGGGUGAUGGUCGUGUAAAGAUGAAAAAAUCUUUGCAACAAACGAUCUCGGGGGGAAUUCAGCAGACACAGGACUUCCUACGUCACACGAUCGCCGGAGGACCGAUCUCGAGUAGUCCUGCGCCGCAACAUUCCCACGCUUACCAUGUCCCGCCGCAACCAUCGGUGACGCCCCGCCCGGCCACGCUUGGUUGGGUAGUACCGCCGACGGCCCCACCACUUCAAGAGACCUCGAUUAGCUCGACCGAACGGUGGCACUAAGGAUUUGCGUUCUGUGGCCACUGGAACAACCACUAAAGGGAAAACCAAGACCCUUCUAAAAUACGGAGCAGCAGCUGGAGCGACUGGUCUCGGCUUGUACGUUGCGUCGAAGGUCCUGCGCCGUAGGGGCAGCUCUAGUAGCAGCAGUAGUGACUGAUUAAAAG